AAUGGUAUAAAAGCAGGAGCUUUGCAAGCACUUUCACAGUUUAGAUUUGUCUCUAAUAUAUCCGUAGUAUUUAUCUACAUUCGCCAAAAAAUGAAUACCGCCAUGAAAGUCUUCCUAAUGGUUUUCGUUGUUGCUGUUGUCGCCCUAUGUGCAGAUGCCCAACGAAAUGGAUAUGGCCGAGGAGGUUACAAUCGUGGCCAAGGCCAGCAAAAUGGAAACGGUGGCCGAGGCCAAUACAUCCGAUCUAAUGGCCAAGGAGGACGUUCUGGCGGUGGAUAUAGAGGAUAUGGAGGAAGAGGACCUGCUAACCAAGCUAAUCAAGGAGGAGAUCAAUCCCAAGGUAGUGGCCAGUCUGCUUUUAACGUUAAUUAUGGUACAGGAAAUGUUAAUAAUGAUCAAGGAAACCAAGCAUCACAGCAAGGAAGUCAACGAAGCAGAAAUGGAGGAAGAUCUGAUUAGACAUCAGAGGAUAGCUAUACCAAAGGCACCGAAAAUUUAUUUUUCCAAAAAUUUAAAAACAAAUUUUAAAUCAAUCUGUAGCAACUCAUGAAUAAAGUAUUUUGCAAGACAUUA